AUGAAGGUUUGCGUUGCUCCAGCGUCUACGAAGACCGGCCGAGCUGCCAUCGACGCGCUGCUAAAAGAUACUGGACAGCAUUCUGUUGUCGGCAUUUACAGGGAUCUUGGUAAAGUCCCUGAGCACUUCAAAUGGCAUCCGUGGUUCGAGGCUCGACAGGGUGAUGUCGCGUCCGUCGAGACUUUGAACUUUUCUGGCUGUGACGUCUUGUUAACGAUGACGCCGCCAUUCCUUUUCACUUCUGAUGAUCCGGUAGCUACGGCGAAGGAGAUCUCUGACAACGUUAAGGAGGCGGUACUGAGAGUGGGGAGCAUUAGGCGCAUCGUCUACAUCUCGAGCGGGGGAGCCCAGCAUGAGAGUGGAGUGGUCUCGGUCAAAGAUGUUGGAGCCUUCUGUGCGGCCCUGGCGGUCGACAUGAAAAUCAGCGAGUCAACUUCUUACCCAUUUAUCGUGGAGCUUCAUGGCCCCAAGGCAUAUUCUCCCGAGGACGUUGAGCCACUCAAAAGCCAUCAGACAGGAGCCAUUUACCAGUUAUCCAUCUAA